AGCUACCCUUCAACAGAGGAAUACAGAAACUAACCCUCCUUGUUUUGUCAACGAUUUUGACCAUCAUGAAAACAAAUCGAAUUGGAAUGUUUCAUUACAAGUGCACGGACUUCGUGAUCGAGUAAAGGAUUUGAUAGUUCAGUCAGAGUAUCUUCUAUCGAAAAUGGAAGUAAGAUUUUCCGUCGGGGGAAUGGACAAUGCAAGCUUCUGGAACAUUUCUUUGUUUGCUGGUUUAACAGGAGAUAAGUCAUUUACAAAUGAUCUUUGCAGAAAUAUAUCUUCAUUUCUCAAGAGUCAGAGAACGUACUAUGAAAUGUUAAAUGGACUUGCCAAUUACCUCGAACAUGUGCCUCAAAUUUUAUUCGACAAGAUAAACAUGGAUCUAUUAAAAGAAUUGCAAUCUUUUCAACGGGACAUAUACAGCUGCAUGUGUCAAAUAAAAAUAGUGCUUCGCGUUUACAACCAAGAUCCAGUCGAAAAGGUUCCCGGCGGAAAUCUUUCUAGUAUAUUUAUACAGCUCCUACAUGGAACAAGAGAAGACCAGAUUACGUCAGAAUAUGUCGUUUUACUAGACAGUCAGAAAAUUUUGAAAGCUCUUCUUUCCUUCUACAGUCAGUUCAGAAAUUCACCCCAGCUAUGUCAUACUCCAGACAAUGUUUUGAUUGGCUGAGACUAGCAGCCAGUAUUUUACGUCAUCUCAUCAACAACAAUCCAGUAUGCUCAACAAUGAAAAAAAGGGAAAAAAUAAACGCUUCAAAUAAGACAUCUUUGGCAUCAAUGUCAAAAGUUAAAUAACCAAUACAUAACCCGUUUGUUUGUAAACAUUUAAUUUUUAUUAAUCUCAUAUGCAGCAUAGACAUUGCAUGUUAUGAAAAACAAUAAAAAUGAGUUAUUUAAAAAAAGUGGUGUCAAAACGGCUAAAAUGUACAGUUGGAAAUACCCUACCAAAAUUGUUGUUCAUGAUUAAUUCAGAAUAUCUUAGUUAGCAUAAAAAUAUAACCAUGCA